AUGUUGAUGUCGCCCGCAAAACUCCCACUGAUGUCUCCGGCAAAAGCCCCUGGCUCGCCCCCAUCGCCGAAUGAAGACGGCAUCUUUGGGUACCUUACCCAAGAAACACCGCAGAGACUUCCCCCAGCGUCACCCAUGGUUGCAACUGGAAAGGGCAAAAAGAAGGACGACCGACUGUAUGGAACACCUGAAAAAGAGAAUAAGAAUCCAGCCGGUAACGCCAAGAGACCCCCCAGGACACCAGAGGAUGCCCCACCAAUGAAAAGGAACGACGCAGUUCCCUCUAUUGAGAAGCAAAUCAACCGGCAACUAGCUGGUCUCGACCAGGGAUCCUACACAGGGGGACACAUGGAAAUGGCAUCGCCGAAUUCUGUCACCACAGUUUCCUCCGAGGACGAUCAUGCCAUCAGCGAAGGCACCUUGAAAAAGUGGCUCAUUGAGGAAUCCCAAAACAAUGCCAGAAUCCUUGCAAAAAAAGGACCGGCGACACCGCACAGAAUGGGCGAGCCAAAGCAACCAAAGAAGAAAGCCGAGCCCAAGAAGCCAAAGCUCCCCCCCGGUGGAAAGACCAGGAUCGAUGACAUCAUGAGGAUAGUGCGCAAAGACAUCACCAAUCAGUUCAUUGAGAACCCAAGAAUGAUGGAGUUGUCUGCCGGAGAGGUCGCUAACAGGAUGGAGAGUGUUGCCCUGCUGUUGUCGCUUGAAGCGGCGUCACUUCCUUCUGCAGUAAAUCAUGCGAGGAAUGCAGCCAAGAAAAAGAACCCCUAAGCGACACAGUGAAGGUGAC